CGGGGCCUCUCGCGCAUGCGUAGAGGCGUAGCCCGGCGCUGCUGCCGUGUCUCUGCUGCGCGCUGGGCGGAGCGCGCAUGCGCGGAACGGCGGCACCGGGAGCGGCACCGGGACGGGCUGGGGGCACCAUGGCCGUAGGCACGGGCACGUCGCUGGCGCUGUCGUCGCUGCUGUCGCUGCUGCUGUUCGCCGGGAUGCAGAUGUACAGCCGGCAGCUGGCCUCCACCGAGUGGCUCACCAUCCAGGGCGGGCUGCUGGGCUCGGCGCUCUUCGUCUGCUCCCUCACGGCAUCCCUGGGCACGGCAGAGGGGCCGCAGGGCCCGGGGGGCUGGGAACAGCACCACGGGGGUGGUGGGGGGCAGCCCCCGUAACAGCCCCCUACUGCCAGCCACACUG